AUGGCAGGCGCGUUCAGUCUUUUUAUCGUCAUCCUGCUGAGUGCCAACGCCGCUAUGGGUAUUUUGGGACAAGUAACGGUGAGUAAGAAAACCGACACGAAAACUGUCGGCGGUACUGGCAGUCCUACGGUUUCUGAAAAUAUCCACAGUAUCUCUGUCUCUGCCUCUGUCUCUAUCUCUGUCCCCGGCUCCGUUUCGCGUAGUAUUACUUUGACCCCAUCGCAUCCAAAUGACGACAGCAGUAGUGCGAGUUCUGAAUCCGCAAGUUCUUCUUCUUCUUCUUCUUCUUCUUCUUCUUCGCAGUCGGAUGAGGGCUCUCUUGUUGUCUAUUUUCAUGUCAUGAACAAAUCCCUCACCCCUGCCGAACUCAAGGAAUUGCUACGCCGGAGUCUGUGGCAAAACGAAAGCGUGGAAAUGGGGCCCGGCAAUGUGUUUUCUGAAAAUUGGAUCCAACUUUCCUUUGGGUUGUUGUCGAAAGCCAAAGAGGCGUACUUGGCUGCCAAUAAUGGCGGACUUCCCGGUGUGAAAGGUGCAAGUUACGUGGCUCCAGAAACACCAUCCGAGAAGAAAUCCAAAGUUGUUGUUAUUUCGGUGGUGGUGGUGGUUUUGAUUGGGCUGGCCAUCUUGAUUCUGUUGGGAGUCCUGCUAUACUGCCGGUACUUCCGGGAAAAGGAGUGGAUUUUGGGCCGCUAUGACGAGGAUUAUGCGAUGAACUCCGUGACGACCCCGGUAAACCUUAACGAGUUACUUUUAACGAAUCUUGCGGUCGACGGCAGAAAUAGUCAAGACACAAAGUCUCAAGCUCGACGUGGCAAAAUUUAA